CCAAACGAGAUAUGGAAAAGAUGAAGCAUAACUCUAUGCCCCCGCGCCGUCUCGGCGGCUGAGGCGACACGGGCGGAUCCCAGCCCGCGCCGCCAGGCCGCCCUCCCGCCCCCCUUCCUCCCCUCGCCGCCGCCGGAGGAGGCCGCCGGGCUAAGCCCGGGCGGCGGACGGCGGCGGCGGGGUCGGCUUCCUCUCACCAGGCCACGGGAUCUCGGGGCGGGGAGGCUCGAUCCCCUUUCUGCGUCGAGUGUUGGAUCCGUUCGAGGGCUUCGCCUGCGUCGUCGGUGGACCUCCGGGCUUCUUCUCCGACGGGACGGCUCCCUGGCAGCGGCUCUCGCGGGUGGCGGUCGCGGUCUGCGUCGUGGACGAGCGACUGGUCUUCGGCCAGCUGCUCCUCUCCGGCGGUCGGGGCGGGCUCGGCCCCCUCGCCUGCCUUGUGGGGCGCGUCCCUGGUCGGGCCGGCGGCGUGCUGGACUCGGGUGGCUCCUGCUCAGCACUGCGUUGGUGGGAUGCCGGAUCGGCCCGAUCUGGCCCGUCUGCAUCUUCUUGACCGGCGGGGAGGUGAAGUGCUUGGUGGCUCUCUGGUGCUGCUGACGCGGUGGCACUGCGAGAGGUGGGCGGGUCAGCGAAGGUGCAGUGCGUGAGGGUGUUGGUGGUGUUUGGGAUACUCCGGGCGAAAGCUUGGCUGGUCUUGCCGGCCGGCGGCGUCGACGUCUGUGGACGCCGUUUAACCUCCUUGGAGGCGUCGUUGUGGAGUCCGGCAUCCUCUUACACCCUCGGAUCUUGCUCUUCGGGUGAAAGCCUAAGGCCCGGUUGGGUCGGGCGACGGCGUCGACAUCGCCGCUUCCCUCUUUGGGGUGUCGCCUUGAAGAGCUUCGGAUCCCGGUUGCGUGCUUCAUGGGCUGGACGCUCGCGGCAUUGUGGUCGGCAGGUGCCCGUCUGGCAAUGCGGAUGUUGCGCAGCUUCCUGUUUGUGGCAACGAUGGCGGCUUCGGGCGGAGUCAGGUUUGCUGAUGGUUCUUGAUAGUCGGUCUCUUCCGGCGUGUUCGAGGAGUCGCCGCUCUGGCGCUGGCUCGGCGCAAGCCCAACGCUUUCUCCUGCAAUGCUCGUCGACAGAGUCGGAGCUGCCUGGUCACCGGCGCGUGUGGUUGACUGUUUGGCAUCAGCCGGCGCAAGCCUCAACGCUUUCCCUCGGCGGCGUGUGUGCAUUCUUGUGUGGAUUGCCAGGUCGCCCUGUGUGCCUUGUUUCUGCAGGCCAGUUAUGACGGUUUUCGUCCGGUUUUUCGUUUAUUAACCGGGCAAUUCUCUUUAAGCUUAUUUAAUGAAUCGGGCCCUAAGGGACCGCGUUUCAAAAAAAAUGUCGUAAAAAGCAUGUUUUUGAUGACUUGGAUUUGAGUACUUCUGUCCAGAGUGUACCCUGGAAGGUCAAGCCACUGAAAAAUACAGUUGGGGAAGUGGAUACUGUGAAUAAAUGAAGACUGGUAAUGGAAAAGCAAACACGCAUGGGCACAUGAAAAAAAAGGAGUGCACAUGGAAAAUAAGUCUUCUUACCAGAAUAUUGUGAAACUGUAUUGUAAUAUCCAGCCAUCCAUGCAUAUAUAAAUUCAACCGGAGCUUGAAGUUCUUACCAGAGCUUGCUUGCUGAAGUAGCUGCUUACCUUGGAAGAGAGAAAAUUCAUCGCUCAUCCAUCACCAUGGCAACACGGCCCGGCCCUUUGACCGAAUGGCCAUGGCAUUGGAUGGGCAGCUUCAAGUACCUGGUCUUGGCGCCCGCGGCGUUGCACACUGCGCACAGUGUGGGCACCAAGGGGUGGGGAGACAUGAACCUAGUAUACGCCGCCAUGUUACCAGCUCUGCUUCUGAGGUUGUUCCACAACCAGAUCUGGAUCAGCUUGUCUCGCCACCAGACCGCACGGAGGAAGCACAUCAUUGUUGACCGCAGCCUUGAAUUCGACCAGGUCGACCGGGAGAGAUCCUGGGAUGACCAGGCCAUCCUUGCUACGCUGUUUUUCUACGUGGCCUAUGCGGCCAUCCCGAGUGUCAGACUCAUGCCAAUGUGGGAAGCAAAGGGAGCUAUCAUCAUGGCGUUGCUUCACGUAGGACCUGUUGAGUUUAUCUACUACUGGUUCCACAGGGCGCUACACCACCAUUUCCUCUACUCCCGCUACCACUCCCACCACCAUGCCUCCAUCGUCACAGAGCCUAUAACAGCUGUCAUCCAUCCAUUUGUUGAAACCUUAGCUUACUUCCUGUUAUUUUCGAUCCCCAUGCUGAUACCAAUUUAUAUGGGAUAUGGUUCUGUCUUGGGUGUUGUCCUAUACCUGGCUUACAACGACUUCAUAAAUAAUAUGGGACACUGCAAUUUUGAGAUGCUCCCAAAGUGGAUCUUCCAACGUUUCCCUCCUCUCAAGUAUCUCAUGUACACUCCAUCGUAUCAUUCUCUCCAUCAUACAAAGUUUCGUACAAACUACUCGUUGGCUAUGCCAAUCUAUGACUACAUAUUCAACACCAUGGACAAGUCAACUGACGAGCUGUAUGAGAGAACACUGAUUGGAACAGAGGAAACACCAGAUGUUGUUCACUUGACGCAUAUGACCACCUUGCAAUCGAUUUAUCAUCUAAGGGUUGGGAUUGCAUCUAUAGCCUCUCGGCCUUCAGAUAACCAUGUAUGGUAUAUGUGGAUGAUAUGGCCAAUGGCAUGGCUAUCAAUGGUACUGGCAUGGGUUUAUGGAUCAUCUGCGUUUAUCGUCGAAAGUCUCAAGCUGAAGAAGAUCAUGAUGCAAACAUGGGUGAUACCAAGAUACAACUUCCAGUACAGCCUGACUAGGGAGAGGGAAUCCAUCAACAGGUUAAUUGAGCAGGCAAUAUCAGAUGCGGAUGGAAGAGGGGUCAAAGUGCUCAGUCUUGGACUUUUCAAUCAGGAAAGACAACUCAAUGGAAGUGGUGAAUUAUUUACACAAAAAUAUCCAAAAUUGAGAGUUCGACUUGUUGACGGAAGUGGCUUAGCAACAGCAGUUGUUCUCAAGAGCAUCCCUUUAGAUACAAAGCGGGUGUUUCUCUGUGGAGGCAGUUCUAAGGUAGCACAUGCCACAGCUACAGCUUUAUGCGAGAGAGGUGUCCAGGUAAUCAUGAACCAAAAGAAGGAAUAUGACAUGCUUAAAUUGCGAGUUGCAGAGAGCAGCACUGCCUAUCUGAAAUUCUCCAGUGAUGAGAUACCUCAGAUCUGGAUAGGAGAUAUCAUAAAUGAUAAGCAACAAAUGGGGGCACCAAGAGGAGCAACAUUUAUUCCUACAUCACAGUUUCCCUUUAAGAAGAUACGCAAGGAUUGCACUUACUUGAGUAACCCUGCAAUGAAGAUCCCAGAGGCAAUGCAGAACGUCCAUACCUGUGAGAAUUGGCUUCCAAGAAGGGUUAUGAGCGCAUGGCGCAUUGCUGGAAUGGUACAUGCACUAGAAGGUUGGGGCAUCCAUGAGUGUGGAGAUGAUAUGAUGGACAUCGAGCAAGUUUGGUCGGCAGCUAUUAAGCAUGGAUUCAUUCCUCUAUAAAAAUCUGGAUUCUUCUGAAUCCUCCCAUAUAUGUUACACAAUAAUGAUGAGCUGCAGUGUUAUGGGAUGUCAGAUAUGCUUAUUGGCUUAGUAGCUUCAAUGGGCAGACAUGUAUUUGGGUAGAAAGCCCUAAAGAUGGCAUCGAUAGCAAAAACUAAUGAGUACAUGAAAUGUAUGAAUCGCCAACUCACAGAAACUCAUUAAAGCAUGUUACCCAUUAUCAGUGACAUUCAGUUUGAACUGUAAAUGGCCAUGGAAUAAGACAAUUCAAAGAGAGAUCCAACACACUUUGGGUUUUUUCUAUCA